UGAACUGGAGACGAUUUUGACAAGAAGAAAGAAAGAAAUGUUUGAAAACAUUUUAAGAGAAACACUGUCGGGGUGAAAACAUUAGCAGAGUUGAAGAUAACGUUGCGUGUCCAUUGGCAGAGGCUGGCCGUGCUCGCUGGAAGAGUUUUUAAUGCUCUGGAUGGAGAAAGGUCUGCGGGAUCAGAGCCUUUUUGUGUCCCACCUGCUGCCUUAUCGUGUCUCCCCAGCUUUGAUCUCUGUGUGUGUUCCUGAAAGGAACAGAGCGUCUUGCUUGACAGUGUCUACUUGAGUUAUGACCGACAUGAUGUUUGGUAGCGGGAGCCACCAGUGGGUUUGCCCCAAUGACCGACAACUUGCUUUGAGAGCCAAACUGCACACCGGCUGGUCGGUGCACACGUUCCAGACAGAAAAGCAGAGAAAAACCCAGGUGCUGAACAAGAGGGAGCUGGACAUCAUCCUGAGUGUCAUCCACAGAGCCGAACAACUCGACCUCAUCGAGCAGCACAGAGUCGGGCGUCUAAUGGAGCGUUUGGAGAACAUGAGGAGGUCAGCAGUGGGGAAUGGCCUGUCUCAGUGCCUGCUUUGUGGAGAGGCUCUGGGGCUACUGGGAACUCCUUCAGUCCUCUGCUUUGAUUGCUGCAAGAAAGUGUGCACGAAAUGUGGGAUUGAGACAGCAUGCAGUCAGAAGAGAGCUCAGUGGCUGUGCAAGAUCUGCAGUGAACAGAGAGAGGUGUGGAAGCGUUCUGGUGCAUGGUUCUACAAGGCCCUCCCCAAGUACGUUCACCCACAGAAGGACUCAUUCAUGGACAGGAGGCCUGUGAUGGAGAGAGCGGAGCAGCCCAUGGCGAGGAGUGUGCCGAUUACCUACACAUGGGCCCACAGGAAAGUCGACUCGAGUGGGAGUGAUGACAGUGACUCCGAGCUCAGCGAUGCCAGUACUGACAGAAAGACCUUCAUCCCUGAGACCACGAAAAGACGACACUCGGCUCUGUCCGAGUCGAGCGGUAGCGUGGCUCUCACGUCCCUGCAGUCCAUCCUGAGCAGCCCGUCCCGAGCCAGCUUCCUGUCAGAGAGCCACUCCAGCCUAGUCAGUGAGCGCAGCAGCCUGGCCCCCGCCCUGGAGGAUGAGGACACGGACCAGGGCCGCACGUCAUCGUCAGCCCCGGUCCUGAGGCACACCGGUUCGCUGCGCUCUUCCUCCUCGUCCUUGUCCUCCACCCCGGCCGCUGCCUCCUCAGCCACCGAAACGGGCCGAGAAAAGAGCGACAACGAUGACGACCUGGGCCGGGCCUUCAGCGCCGCAUCCGCCUCUGCCUCCGCCCUGCCUCCACCCAGCAGGAAGGAGGAAGAGCCCGACAUGGAGGGCUACGACUCGGACGACUCCACCACUCUUGGCACUCUGGACUUCAGCUUGUUGUAUGAUCAAGAGAACAACGCCCUGCACUGCACCAUCAAUAAAGCCAAGGGACUCAAACCCAUGGAUCACAACGGGCUGGCAGAUCCUUAUGUCAAACUGCACCUGCUACCUGGAGCCAGCAAAGCCAAUAAGCUCCGGACCAAGACUCUGCGCAACACCCUCAACCCCGUCUGGAGCGAGACGCUGACCUACUACGGCAUCACCGAUGAGGACAUGGUCCGCAAAACACUCAGGAUUUCCGUGUGUGAUGAGGACAAAUUCCGGCACAACGAAUUCAUCGGUGAGACUCGGAUCCCCCUGAAAAAGCUCAAGCCCAACCAGACCAAGAACUUCUACAACUGCCUGGAGAAGCAGCUGCCUAUCGAUAAGACAGACGAUAAGUCUCUGGAGGAACGCGGGCGCAUCAUGAUCUCGCUGAAGUACAGCUCGCAGAAGUGUGGCCUGGUGGUGGGCAUCAUCCGCUGCGCUCACCUCGCUGCCAUGGACGCCAACGGCUUCUCCGACCCUUACGUUAAAACAUACUUGAAGCCGGACGAGAACAAAAAGUCAAAGCACAAGACUGCCGUCAAGAAGAAGACCCUCAAUCCAGAGUUUAACGAGGAGUUCUUCUACGAGAUUAAAUAUACAGAAUUGAGCAAGAAAACCCUUGAGGUGACCGUUUGGGACUACGAUAUCGGCAAAUCCAAUGAUUUUAUAGGUGGAGUGUCUCUAGGCAUCAAUGCCAACGGCGAGCGUCUGAAACACUGGUUCGACUGUCUCAAAAACAAGGACAAGAAAAUCGAGCGUUGGCACACACUCACUAACGAACUCCCUGGGUCGGGCUUCAACGACUGACUGGCACGCAGCACCUGUUCCCAUUCCUGCGAUAACGUAACGCUUGGCCUUUGAUCGAUUGUCACCUCUAACACUACAGUCCAGAGAUGGGUACCAAAGUGACCUCUUUUCCCAUAAUCCUCAAAUCUGUCCCUGUAUGUACUCCCCCUGGUCGGGCCUGUUGUGUUGAUAUGAAGAGUUUAAAUCCCGUUCAGCUUGCCGUUCUCUCUGCUCUUUCGAUUCACUCUGAUGUUUAGUACGUAUUCGAGAAUGUUGUUUACACGAGCUAGCGAUGGCUGUUCCGAUCACUUGGUCAGGGGUAUCAUUAAUCUGUGAACGUUUUCCGAAGACAGACUUGAUCAAGACUGUUUACAUGUAGAAUCCAGUUCAUAAAUCUGACCAAAAUGGCAAAAAAAAUCUCCAUGUUUUAGAUGAUGAUCAUGGGGGGGGAAUCAGAAGGAUUUACGAUGCUCUGUUGUUGUUUUUUGUUUUUAAUUUCAAGUCGUUUUAGUGUUGUUUUUUUUUAAUUCACGUCAAAGCACGGAUUGCUGAAUGUUUUAUUUCGCCACACCAUUGAGAAUGCGAUGCUGAAAAAGCGAUGGACCAACGUCUAUCUUGUUUACAUAGAAAAACAUUUGAGAUGCCUCCAAGCAGAAAUUCUACUCCAGGUAAACGAUUGUAGUUUUGGACCGUCCUCUAGUCGUUCUGCUGAUGUAGAUCCGUAAGCGUAGAUGUCGACGAGCCCUGUGCGGACGGUCAGGAUGGGUGCGACGAAUCAUUUCUCGCUACGUGAUUCCUAGAACCGUUUAAAUAUCACCAUUCACGAAAGAGAUCUCCUGGCACAAAAUGAAGACAUAUUUAGCAUGCAUUCAGUGGUUUUCUUAGUUGUUAUUACUGGACUUUUAAUACGUAUUUAUUUACAGGCUAGUAUUUAUAUCGAAUUUUUUUGUGUCGUACAUUUUAAAUAGACGUGGAUGUCCACUUUCGAGUAGUUUUAGAGCUCUAGGAAUGUCGAUAUCUUCAUGUGCCCAGGCAUGUGUAACCGAGGUCUUAGUAUCGACCGUGCUCAGUAAAGCAAACCUUCUAUCAAAGCACUCAGUACAACAGCCAGACUUGUGACAUUUUAUUUUUUUUUUAAAUCUGUUGCCUUUGUAUUCAAAGCUGUAUGGCGUAAAAAAAAAAAAUGCAUGCAAUGUUCUUAAAUGGUCUAACUGACUAACACCCUUUGAUGGACUUUGCUUAAUGUUUGAUACUCUUCUGUAAAAGAGAACUCGUCGACGCUAAAAGAUCAUGGAAUGUCCGUGUUUUCUUCUUGGACGUUUUUUGUACCCUCGAACGCCGUCUCGUUGCCUGUCCGGCUGCUCCAUCACCCGGAAACGUGAUCGCAUGUAACGAAGAAAAAGAAUCCUGUCUUGUUCCGUUUCCUUUCUUUUUCCAAUCUCAGGCGAUCGUUUGCAUUUCUAGUGGUUCUCUGACGAAAUUUCUAUGUUCCUACUCCUCCUCGUUCACCAUCACCUCUUGCACCGAAUGGCAGAAUUAUCGUGCCUUUUCUUUUCUAACAGUGUAGUUGUUUUGCACCGCUCACUUUACAAAGAUUCCUAGACAGAUAUUAGCUUUUAAUAAUGGAAACUAUAUGAUAACAUUUAGCAUUAUUUCUAUUCCUGUCCGUGUCAGAAUAUGGGAUCAGUCAGAAUAUUAUCACUCAAUGAGACGUCGGUGCGUCCUGACACUGGGGUGCAGGUUCAAGUGGAAGAUGUUUCAAGCAUGAAACUACACAUUCUGGUUUCUUUCACUUUUUUUUUUUUCUGGUAACACUACACAUUGAACUAAAGGGAAAUUAGAGUUAACACUAUUUGUAGAAAUAUUAACUAUUAAUUUUUAACACUUUAACUAUUACGUUCUUUACUUCAUUUAGAAUUUGAAUCUACACUGAUCCAGUUUAAAAAAAAACAAACACCAGAAACCAGAAUGUGUUAUUUCCUUUAUUUAUGUCUGUUUUAAAAUGUUCAAGUAUUAUAUCUUGCGUGUUUUUUACUCUGGCAAAGGAUGUGCUAUUUGUAUAUGUUCUGAUUUGGAAAACCAUAUCUAAUAAAGUA